AUGCGUUACAGCUACGCACUCGUUCCUCUCGUUUCCGCCAUGCAGGCCAUGGCCAUCGACCCCGACACAUGGUACUUUGGAAACAGUCUGUUCUAUCUCGGUCCCCCUUCAGGAAACUCUGCCAUCACCAAGGCGACCUAUUCUAUUGUCCCUCCAACAGUUCCCUCCGGCGCGAAAGUAUCCAACACCAAAGAUCAAGUCUGGGUUUCUGUCUGGGUUGGCGCGUCUUCGUCUGCCGGCGACGACAAUACCAAUCUAUAUCAGCCGAUCUUCAACUGGUCCCUGGACCAGGAGUCUCAGGGUUGUUCCGCAUCUGUUGAUGAGUGGUGUGUCGCAGCGAGCACUUUUACCCCAUCCGGUCAACUUGGUCAGCCCUAUGUGACAGUCCCUAACAACACACCAGUGGACUUCGAAAUCGCUGUCGAGAACGAGAAGGUUGUCCAAACUGUCAUCAUGGACGGAAAGGUCGUGUCGAAGGAAAGCGAUGCCCUCGACUCCCCCCUCAAAUACCUGUACUCUAGCAAUGAGUGCUACACCGGCUCUGGAAACUGUGGCUCGCUUGCAGGUUACUAUAUCAACAACCUGACUGUCACCUUGAGUGCGGCCGACAGCAAGUUUGACCAGGUGAUGGCCCUCAAUGGUGUCACUGAUGAUGGCUUUACUUCCUCGGAUGGUGGCCUGACCUGGCACACCGAGUGGGUCAAGGUUAACAGCGUUGACUUUGAUUCUUCUUCUGCCGUUAAGAGCGACUUCAGCAGCUCUUAA